GAGGGAGCGAGGGGGCUGAGCUGAUCCCACGUGUGACGCUUUCAUUCCCGGCUCAGUAAUAUUCUCAUAGCGGGGCUUUGCAUAUCGCCUGCCCUAUCUGUGUAUGUCUGUCACUGUUACUGUAGUCCCAGCCGAUAGUUUGGACUAGAUAUGGAAGGAGACGGGAGUCAAGCCACAUCCGGAAGCCUAAAUGAUUCACAACAUGACCCGGGUAAAAUGUUUAUCGGUGGCCUCAGCUGGCAGACCUCACCAGACAGCCUUAGAGACUAUUUUAGUAAAUUCGGAGAAAUAAGAGAAUGUAUGGUGAUGAGAGACCCCACGACAAAACGCUCAAGAGGAUUUGGGUUUGUUACGUUUACAGAUGCUGCCAGUGUAGAUAAAGUCUUAGCCCAACAGCACCACGAAUUAGACUCAAAGACGAUUGAUCCUAAGGUUGCCUUUCCACGUCGCGCUCAACCUAAGAUGGUCACAAGAACAAAGAAAAUAUUUGUGGGAGGCUUGUCAGCCAAUACAGUAGUGGAAGAUGUGAAGCAGUAUUUUGAACAGUUUGGAAAGGUUGACGAUGCCAUGCUAAUGUUUGAUAAGACUACUAACAGACAUAGAGGAUUUGGUUUCAUAACUUUUGAGAGUGAAGACAUCGUAGAGAAAGUCUGUGAAAUUCAUUUUCAUGAAAUCAAUAACAAAAUGGUAGAAUGUAAGAAGGCCCAGCCCAAGGAGGUGAUGUUCCCGCCAGGCACACGAGGGCGAGCCAGGGGUCUGCCCUACACCAUGGAUGCCUUCAUGCUUGGGAUGGGCAUGCUGAGUUACCCUAAUAUUGUUGCAACGUACGGCCGUGGAUACACUGGAUUCGCACCCAGCUACAGCUACCAGUUCCCUGGCUUCCCUGCGACAGCAUAUGGACCGGUGGCGGCAGCGGCGGUAGCAGCAGCGCGUGGCUCAGGUAGGGGGGCCCGUGGAAGAGGCGGCUACUUGGCGUACCCACAGAGCACAGGGCCAGGCCUCCCCGAUUAUGGGUUUUACUCUGCGCCCAGUGACCAGAGGGGGGGGCCCUGUUCCUUUGCUGACUAUGGCUCCCUGGGGCCCCAAGCGGCUCAGAUGCUGCACAGUGAGCAUGCCACCUCCGCCUGCAACUCCCCCCUCCAGCACCUACACAGCCCGGAUCAGUUUAAGAACCCAGGAGCCAACCCAUCGAGACCCGGAGGCUUCCCAGGCGCAAACAGUCCAGGUCCUGUGGCUGACUUGUACGGACCCAGCAGCCAGGAUUCGGCUGUUGGCAACUACAUCAGCGCUGCUAGCCCUCAGCCAGGCUCUGGAUUUGGACCCAGCAUCACAGGCCCAUUGAUUGCGACAGCUUUUACAAAUGGAUACCAUUGAACAGGUGGCCGGUUGCAAUCUCAUCAGAGCAGAGUAUAUCUGGUGGCCCAGGACAGACAGGAAGAAGUUUCUAAUUGGCUUUGUGUGCAGGUGAUGUUAAAUCAACUUCAAGCACUACGGCGUCACCCAAGUAAAACGAGCGAAAAGAUGGAUCCACAUGAAGAAGAAAAGAAAAAGUCAUCUCUGAAAAAGAACAACUGCUGUACUAUAAUCCAAACCUCCUAUAACUUUACAAACCGGUUUGGUAUGAUGUUUCACGUCCAGCUCACCCACUGAUUUCCUUCCGUUCCUUUUCACUAGAACCUAGAGAUUCAUUAUAGCCUUUUUUUUUCUCGAUUUCUGUGUUUUAUUUUAACUUCUAGUAGUGCUGUGUUAAUGGAUUUUUGUUUUAAAGUACAACGGUGGGGGGGGGGGGGGGGGGGGGGCCAAAGGCAAGAAUAUCUGCAAGUCUUCAUCAGUGUAACGGUCAGUGUAAAGGAAAAAAGUCGGCGGUUGGCCAUCCAGUCCUUCUGCAAAAAUAGGAGAAAAAAAUGUAAGGAGAAUUUGAAAGAAGGUAUCAAAGUAAUAAAUUUUAGUCGCUGUUUUAUUUCAUUUUUCUCUUGUGACGUCUCAUUGUAAACCAUAAUUACCUAUUUUUGGGCAAUACAAAGAGGACUCCAAUAUUUUUAUGGUCCUUUUUUAUAAGUGUUGUUUUUGUUGUUUAGAAAUAUAUAUAUAUAUGCUAUAACAAAAAUUUCAUAUAACUACAUUGUGAAUUCAAACUUGAGAAAAGAAAUGUAGCUGUACAUAUUAUUCCAGUCACUGCAUAUAACCAACCCUGUGAGAGAAUAGCAUAUUUUUGUGAUGGUGUGUCAAAAGAACAAUGUUAUAGCGUGUGAAUAGAAGAAAAAGCUGUAAACCGUUAAUAUUCUACUCUUUGUUUCCUGCAGGAAGACGGUGUAAUAAGCCCACACACAAAGCGAACACACUUGCUCUGUAAAUACUGAAGCUGAAUAAUUUUACAAGUGUCAUACCAGCAAAUUUACAACCAGUUUGAGAAAUAAUUAUGAUAUUAAUAAUAAUUUAAAAAAGAGCCUGAUGGGUAUCUUUUGUCUAACUGUUAAAGAUAUCAGUGUCGUUUCAAAGAUUAAAAAAAGACAUCCAAAGCACACUGUAGGUGAAGAUUAGGCAUUUUGCAGUGUAUUCUGACACUUUUGUACUCUGGAGAGGAACCGGUUUCGUCCCGCUCGAGUCCUGGGCUCGGGCUGGUGAAGGCUUUCUGAAUCGUUUGAGAAGCGUUUUGAUACCAUACCUCAGCCUUCUAUCGUGAGUUUUCUCAUGGAGUCAUUGGCAGGUUUAAUUUAUUAUGAAUCUAUAAAUAAAAUAGAGAACACUGAAAGUAAUCAUUGCACUGUGAGUUGUGAAGUACAGGCCAUUCUCUUUGCACAUUUGUACGUCGGCUUUGUAAAAGGGACAGCAUGAAGGACUCUGGGGUUAAUAUAUUCUCCACCAGAAAAAAAGAAGAAGAAAAAAACACUUUUUUGGGGGUAACAUUUACUGCUAUGUUGCAGUGUAAAACUUAGACCCAAGUCUCUUCUUCUUCCUGCACAGGGUCAAAAGAAGACACUGAAUUAUUCACGAUCUGUCGCUACACCGGGUUUUGCACAGCACGUGUGAUAAAGGGUUUUGCUCACGACAGCUUUCUAUUAAUAUUAUAAAUGAUAAUUAUAUGCUCAGCAGAGUGGUCUGCUUUUUAAAUUCACAGGUUUUUUUUCUGUCUUAUUUAACGCACUUGUCGUCCCAUUUCUUUCAUUUCAGCACAACCAGGUAAAGAAAAAUGCUGGAUAUUUCUAAAGAAAUAUAGAUAUGAAAGUGUGAUUUUAAAAAAAAACAACAACUUGUAAUGUUCAAAAUGUAAAAGAAAUACAAAAAAAGACAAAUGCUUCUUUGCUGGUUUCCAGUUUAAUCAGAGUUUUAUUGAUACUUUGUGAUUUAUAUAUUAAGAAUUGUAAUAUAAUAUUAAAAUGUACUGUGCAUCCAUGACGUUCUCUUUCCAUCCCCAUCCUCAGAGCUCCUCUUUUGUUGAUCACUCAUGUAUUUCAUGAUUGUGUAAAAAAAUCCACAGUUAACUUGUAAACUUGAGUGCUGUCUUUGAUACCAGUGUAGUGCUCUUUGUUGUUCUCCCUCGCGCUACCUCUCCUUUCUCUCAUACGAGUCCCCCUCCGCCCUGCGCUCUUUUUCUAUCUCCUGUAAUUACAAAGUAGAUGUUAUAUAGGACUCAUUAAUAUUAUACUCGUAGUGACUCUAGUGGAUUUAGGACCAGUCAAGAUAGACCUUUCUCUCAAUGAUCAUAUUGUUCUGAUAAUGUGCAGACGAUUAUUUUUCUUUGAGAUUUUAUUCCCUGUACGUUUUUGUUUUUUUUCUUUCUGCCUUCCUUGGUUUAGCCACUCUAACAUGGUUUCAGCUAACCAAAGCUCUCAUAGAUGAACAACGGAGAAACCAAUGCUGGAAGAUGGAAUUGUACACAAGGCAUUAUUUGGAUCCCCACCCUUGAAUGUUUUUAAAGGGGUGUGCCAUACUACCUUAAAUGCUAAUGCUUGAUAUGCAAACUUUGAUGAAUAUUCAUUCUUUUCUCUUAUUUUUUAAGAGGGACACAGUUGUAGGAAAAAUCCUUUUCUUAUCAGAACAUAAUGGAAACUAUAAAAAAUGUGAUCCUGACUGGCUUUUACAUGUGCAGAAAUGGUUGAGCUGGAACGCGCGACAGGCAACUUUUAGUGAAGAAAAACUUUAACAAGUGCAGAUGCAGUGCACGUUUUUUUAAGUUAGAGGUCUUUGACAAUAUCAGAGCAAACUAUUGUUGGAGGUCUGCUGGGUUCAGAUCUCACUUUUGACUCAAAAAAAUAAAAAACAAAAAAAUACUGGCACACAGAAGAAUUCGAUGUUAUCUCUGUUAUCUGGUUCUGUGUGUAUAAACCAUGAUCCUUCCACUGCUGUGCCCCACAAUUGAUAGCUUUAGGUCAGUUACAUCAGCUGGGGGAUUUCCCUAUCGCUUAGAUUAUCUUCGGUUUCUUCAAGUCAACUUUAGAAAGAUCUAUUUUACCCCCCCCCCCCCCCCCCCCCCCACACACACACACACACAAAAGAAAUAUUUUCCUCCGGCCUCCCCCAAAUAAAUGGAAGUGCUCCGUUUAACUCAGCAAGGCCUGCAGGGCCGGAGAUGUUUAUUUUUUAAUGGUUUCUCAGAGCUCUGGCUUUGACCUUGAAGCGGGAAGCAUUCUGUUUGGAAGAUUGGCAGCUGUCUUGAAUGUUUUCCACUCGUGAAUAAUCUGAGCAGCUGUGGAAGGAAACCGUCUAAAUUGCAUGAAAAUGAUCGUCUCUCCCAAAACGGAGCUGCUUCUCUGACAGCACUGCUGAAGUCUGCUUUUUCCUUUUUGUUAAAACACACCUGAACGCUGCAGAGCAGCAAACACCUCGGUUUGUAAGAAGCCUCUCCUUUUUUCCUUUUUCAUCACAUUUUUCAUUUGGAAGGCAUCUAUGUUCUGCUGAGGCUGUCUUCUCUUAGUUCAAAAACAGCAGUCAGGAUCAGAUGACUAAUCAUUAUGGGCUGAUAUGAACAGGAAAGCCUAAAAAAUGAAACUGAACGUUGCUUUUUCUUGACAUGAUUGUAAAAAAAUAUAUAGAAUUUCUUAUUUAGCAAACAUUACUUAGGUGUUUUAGCCACCAUUAUCAUCACAGAGCUGUUUGAACACUGUUAACUUUGGAUGUUUGCACAGUUUGGAUAUAAGCUUGAUUCAGUAUGAUUCAAUUGAUUUAAUCUUAAAACUGAAGAUCUGAAGAUAGACUUUCAUUAUUACUGUACCUAAUAAAAAAAGAGAGCUUUAGAGAUGUUCAAAUGUAACAAUAAUUGGUUCAAAAAUACAAUUACGGUAAAUCAGCAUCUUAUUGCCUCAAAGUGCAAUAAAAAUGUUCAUUUUGUUUUUCUUAAUGAUUUUACUUGACUGUUGGCGUCGCAUUACUGUCAACAGAUCACCAUUAAUGUAAUUGUUCUUUGAGAAUCCACUCAUUUAAUUUAGGGAUUGUCAGUGAUGCUCGGAAUAAAGAAAGAAUUCAUAAAAUAAUCAACUUUUAAAAGAGUUGAUGACAAUUUUUUUGUAAUUUUGCUUAAAAACAAAAAUGAAAACAUGUUUUGCCAUCUUAAAUGUUUUUUUUUUUUUUUUGCUAAUCCCUGUCUGAAAAUCUCUCUAUAGUGAAACCUCAGUAAAACUGACAGUAAUCUGCUGUUUAAGUGUUCAUGUAAGCUGGUUUUCCUUUUAACAGGAUUAAAGCACGUGUUCUGUGUGUUGAUUUGACAUGUGCCUCUUUUAAUUGGUUUAUCUGGAUUCAGUUAGUCGAACAGAAACUUAAACCACCUACAAGUCCAUCCGAGAAACUCUGAGCCUCAGUUUCCAUCGCAUUUCAUCAGAAAACAUUUCUAGAAUUGCAUUUAUAUUACAACUUUAUUACAUAAAAAUGUUUUUCACCACAUGUUGCUGGUGGCUCUUCUUUUUCAUAUUGAACCCUCUGGUUUUCUUUUUUUGUUUUUUGCCCUCAUUAAAUGCAACUGAAUUGAGCAUAUUUUUGUGUUGCAGCUUGGACUUUAAGGUAGCAUGGCAAUGUUGCUAUAAUUUCAUUUAAUCUCAAACUGACAGCAGUUUACAGCUGAUGAAUGUUACACAUCUUAGUAGACUAGCUUAUCGAUUCGGGGAGAGGGGGAGGGGUCUUGGUUUAAGAAAAAAAAAGAGAAAAUAAUCAAAAAGAAAAAAAGUCAACCGGGAAGGUGUUGACAUUUGUAGUGUACUACCGUAUCCAUUUAAACUUGAAUCUCGAGGCAAGUGCUAGGCAAUGGCCAAACAUUACGUCUCAUCUGUCAUGGGGGGGAAUCCCGCCUCGGAGAGCACGUGUGCUUUUGGGAUUUCUGUCACCUCCUCAAAACAGGAAGUGCUGUUUUCUCCUAAGGUACAAGAGCUUUCGUCCCACUCGGCUCUGGCUCCGUCCAUUUAGACUGGAGUGAAUGUUUUUGAGGUUUUAUAGGCAGGUGAGGCACAUUCACGGUGGUGCUAAUGCUUUAAACCAGACAACACGCCCUUAUCUCUGAGAGAUACCGGAUACGGUCUCAAAGUUAGUCCACAAAGUGACUCACUGACGUGUCUAAUGAGGGUUCAGAGCCACCAGGACGAGUUGAGGUGACCGGAAUACCACAAGUCCACGCGUGAGCUCACCUUUUAGGGGGUUAUUUUCCCUUUUUACUCCCAGCCAUCGCCAUCUCACCCCAUGCUCACAAUUGCAAUAUAUAUGUAUGUAUAGAUGAAUAUAUAAUUGCAAUUCUCAGUCAUUUAAACUUGCUUGGGUAAUGUUAGACUGGAGACCUCUGCUGUAUACAAAGUUUUCCUCUCACCGUGACGACCUGCUUCAUAAACUGCUCAUCAUUAGCGUACGAACAGGAGAGUCGACCCCUGACGUGCUGUCAAGUUUGGAGCAAACAGCAUGGCUGAAGGGGGAGCCUGGGAGCCCCUCAGACUGCAUGGACGGGCCCCCCUGCGCCUCCAUGUUUCUGCAGCCACUGUCUGCCCAUUCCUAACACUUGCCCCUGUUUUUUUAUGUUGACCGACUUUUUAUGGCGAGAGACAGACAGACUUGACUGACAUCUGAAAGCAUCUUUCAGGUUAUCAUAUGGCUUGCUCAAGCCCUAUUGUAAAAUAUACUAAAAAUGAUAAUGGUAUUAAUAAUGGAUGGGGGUCUCUCACAUAUCAAAUGUGGAAAGUCUAAUUUUAUAUUUGUAUUUUCAAAUAAUAAUAUUGAUUAAAAAAAAUGUCUGUGAAAGGUUUCCAUCCUCUACUGUGGUCCAGAAAUUGAUGUGUCUGUCUGGAAAAAAUAAAUAAAAUAAACCGAAUUGUUAUAUGA